UUAAGCCCUGGGCGAGGGGCUGGCGGGAGCGGCGGUGAUGAGCCGCAGCGGAGAGAGGUGAUCGGCCUGGCUGUCCUGCUCGCCCCCGCGCUCCGCCCCGCUUAGGGCUUCCCCCGCGGCGGCUCCAGCCACCCGCCUUUCCAGUCAGGGAGCGCUAGAGGGAGCGGCGGGAGGCUGAGGCGCCGCCGCUGCCGCCGCCUGUGAGGGCGGCGAAGGGGUGGGACGCCGGGCGGUGCGGGGCGCGCAGCCCGGCCAUGUCUCCGGGGGAGGCGGCGUCGGGCUGAGCGGCCGUGCGCGCAGCGGGGAGCGCUCUCCGCCACCAUGAGGCGGCUGCUGCUGCCCCUACCCCUGCCUUGCCUGCUGCUGCCGCUGCUGCUGUCGGCCAAGGUCAGAUGUACAGUUGCCUGCACAGAGGAUUGCGGUUCACAAAAUGUAACUGCAGAAAGAGGAACCAGUAGUAAUGAUAAUGUAUCAGUAAACUCUACAAGUGGGAACAAAACCUAUGGAGGAGGAAGAUUUCCCAGGGAUGUGUUGCAAUCCAACAGCACAACAAGUGAUCAGAGCAAUGUAACACAGCCCAGCCCAGUCCAUGAUCUCAAGGCGGAAUAUGUUGGUGUGACUUCUGUCAUUUUAACGUGGUCAGUGAGUGAACCUGCUUCCCCAUCCUACACGUACAGGAUAGAGGUUGUAAAUGCUACAGAUGGUACCUCGCUUCGGAACCGGACGUCCAGCCUCACCGAAGUCGAAAUUACUGAGUUAAUCCCUGGGACGUUGUAUAAUUUCACAGUAUUUGCAGCAGUGAAUGACAGUCAGACGGAAGGAGAAGGGGUAUCCAUACCUGUGUAUACAAAGCCCAGCCCAGUCCAUGAUCUCAAGGCGGAAUAUGUUGGUGUGACUUCUGUCAACUUAACGUGGUCAGCGAGCGACGCUGCUUCCCCAUCCUACACGUACAGGACAGAGGUUGUAAAUGCUACAGAUGGUACCUCGCUUCAGAACCGGACGUCCAGCCUCACCGAAGUCGAAAUUACUGAGUUAAUCCCUGGGACGUUGUAUAAUUUCACAGUAUUCGCAGCAGUGAAUGACAGCCAGACGGAAGGAGAAGGGGUAUCCAUGUGUAUAUAUAUACCUGUGUAUACAAAGCCCAGCCCAGUCCAUGAUCUCAAGGCGGAAUAUGUUGGUGUGACUUCUGUCAACUUAACGUGGUCAGUGAGCGACGCUGCUUCCCCAUCCUACACGUACAGGACAGAGGUUGUAAAUGCUACAGAUGGUACCUCGCUUCAGAACCGGACGUCCAGCCUCACCGAAGUUGAAAUUACUGAGUUAAUCCCUGGGACGUUGUAUAAUUUCACAGUAUUCGCAGCAGUGAAUGACAGUCAGACGGAAGGAGAAGGGGUAUCCAUACCUGUGUAUACAAAGCCCAGCCCAGUCCAUGAUCUCAAGGCGGAAUAUGUUGGUGUGACUUCUGUCAACUUAACGUGGUCAGUGAGCGACGCUGCUUCCCCAUCCUACACGUACAGGACAGAGGUUGUAAAUGCUACAGAUGGUACCUCGCUUCAGAACCGGACGUCCAGCCUCACCGAAGUUGAAAUUACUGAGUUAAUCCCUGGGACGUUGUAUAAUUUCACAGUAUUCGCAGCAGUGAAUGACAGUCAGACGGAAGGAGAAGGGGUAUCCAUACCUGUGUAUACAAAGCCCAGCCCAGUCCAUGAUCUCAAGGCGGAAUAUGUUGGUGUGACUUCUGUCAAUUUAACGUGGUCAGUGAGCGACGCUGCUUCCCCAUCCUACACGUACAGGAUAGAGGUUGUAAAUGCUACAGAUGGUACCUCGCUUCAGAACCGGACGUCCAGCCUCACCGAAGUUGAAAUUACUGAGUUAAUCCCUGGGAUGUUGUAUAAUUUCACAGUAUUCGCAGCAGUGAAUGACAGUCAGACGGAAGGAGAAGGGGUAUCCAUACCUGUGUAUACAAAGCCCAGCCCAGUCCAUGAUCUCAAGGCGGAAUAUGUUGGUGUGACUUCUGUCAACUUAACGUGGUCAGCGAGCGACGCUGCUUCCCCAUCCUACACGUACAGGACAGAGGUUGUAAAUGCUACAGAUGGUACCUCGCUUCAGAACCGGACGUCCAGCCUCACCGAAGUUGAAAUUACUGAGUUAAUCCCUGGGACGUUGUAUAAUUUCACAGUAUUCGCAGCAGUGAAUGACAGUCAGACGGAAGGAGAAGGGGUAUCCAUACCUGUGUAUACAAAGCCCAGCCCAGUCCAUGAUCUCAAGGUGGAAUAUGUUGGUGUGACUUCUGUCAAUUUAACGUGGUCAGUAAGCGACGCUGCUUCCCCAUCCUACACGUACAGGAUAGAGGUUGUAAAUGGUACCUCGCUUCAGAACCGGACGUCCAGCCUCACCGAAGUUGAAAUUACUGAGUUAAUCCCUGGGACAUUGUAUAAUUUCACAGUAUUCGCAGCAGUGAAUGACAGUCAGACGGAAGGAGAAGGGGUAUCCAUACCUGUGUAUACAACUCCUGUCCCAGUGAAUUCAUUUCAGUGUGAACCAGUGGCCAACCAGUCUUUUCUAAUACUGAAGUGGGAAUGUCCUUUUGGUAACAGUUCUGAAUUCAAAAUUUUCAUAUGUAAAGGUGAAUGUAAAGAACAACGGACUCCAUCAUCCUGCAUGAAAGAAGAAUCAGAGCAAACCUUCAGAACAGAAUCAUUAGAGUAUUUCAGCACCUAUAAUGUUACUAUUGUAACUCUUUCAAAUAGUUCUGCAAGCCUUCCGGUACAGAAAAUGUGUAACACGAGCAUUACUGACCCACCUGAUCCACCAGAAGCUCCUUUGGUCAAGGCCGUCAGCCACAGCUCGUUGUCUGUUGAAUUCUCUGAUUUUAACUCAACGAAUGGACCGUUAAAAGCUUAUGCAAUAAUGAUCACAACAGAACAACAAGAUUGUACAUCUUUGAAGUCUAAAUUGAACAACACGUACAAAGACUUCAAGAAGAAGACGACAUUCACCUAUGUAACAUAUGUCAUAGAGCCAGAGCAGGCAAAAUCACCUUCUUUCCAUUCUCAGAAUGGUACAAACAUCAUUAAUGUAGGCAAGGGAAACACAAUGUAUGGCUACGAAAACGGACCAUUGAUUCCACUUCAUUCAUACAGGGCAAGUGUUGCAGGUUUCACUAAUAUUACCUUUACUACGGACAAGAUCAUUGUGGGGAAAGAUAGUUAUGUAUCAUUUUCACCCUGUUCUGAGGCGGUUUUGCUACCCCAGGAUCCAGGUGUUAUCACUGGAGCCGUUAUUGGAUGCCUUUUAGCUGUCUUGGCUGUAGUCACUAUAGGGGGUUUCAUAUUCUGGAGAAGGAGAAGGAAAGAUAAAAGAAAUACUGAAGUGUCCUUUUCUCCAAUUAAAUCAAAAAUGAUUAAAGUGGAGAACUUUGAGUCUUACUUUAAGAAGCAGCAAGCUGACUCCAACUGUGGUUUUGCUGAAGAGUAUGAGGAACUCAGGUCUGCUGGUGUUCAUCAGCCCAAAUUUGCUGCUGAACUUGCUGACAACAGGGGGAAAAAUAGAUACAACAACGUCUUACCAUAUGAUAUUUCUCGUGUUAAACUUUUAGAACAAAGCUAUGCAACUGAUGAUUAUAUUAAUGCAAACUAUAUACCUGGCUAUAACUCAAAGAAGGCAUUUAUUGCUACACAGGGUCCUUUACCCAACACUAUAGAAGACUUUUGGCGCAUGAUUUGGGAAAGGAAUAUCUACUCUAUUGUUAUGUUGACAAAAUGUGUUGAACAAGCCCGGACAAAAUGUGAGCAAUACUGGCCAGACAAGCAAUCGAAGACCUAUGGUGAUAUUAUUGUGACAAUGGUCUCGGAGAUUGUCCUUCCAGAAUGGACAAUAAGGGACUUCACUGUAGAAAAGUCCAACACACCAGAGAGCCACACGGUGCGCCAAUUCCAUUUCACCUCCUGGCCAGAUCACGGAGUGCCGGAGACAACAGACCUUCUCAUCAACUUCAGACACCUUGUUCAUGAGUACAGCAGUCAAAAUCCAAUCGACUCUCCUACUCUGGUGCACUGCAGUGCUGGUGUUGGGAGGACGGGGACGUUCAUUGCCAUCGACCGCCUGAUUCAGCAGAUUGAAAUGGAGAAUACUGUAGAUGUGUACGGAGUGGUAUAUGAUCUUCGCAUGCACCGACCUUUAAUGGUGCAAACUGAGGACCAGUAUGUCUUCCUAAACCAGUGUGUUAUGGAUAUUAUUAGAUCCCAGAAAGACAAGAAAACCGAUCUUAUUUACCAAAAUGUGACAGCAAUGGCGAUCUAUGAAAAUGUCACUCCUGGGCCAGGCUUCGGGAAGGCCAAUGGCUACCACGCAUAGUCUGGAAGGAACGCAGUGUCUCCAGGAGGUGUUACCUGCACAGAGGAAAGGGAGAUGUUCUACUUGCAUUUCCCGGGAUCGUGUGCAGUGUCUCAUGUCUGGCUUCUCCAGUUCUGUCCGCACUCGAAGAUGUGAUCCACAGGAGGAAAAACACAAUGCUGGCAGGAGUCGCAGAUUGAUAUUAAAAACAAAACAACAAACAAUUUAAAUUUAACAGAGGAAUCUUGCUUUUUCUUGGGAAUUUAACAGUGCUGAUAGGUGAAAUAGCAAUUACAGUAUGAACAGUGAACUAGAAUUUAAAAAUUAAAAUAAUAACACAAGCUUUUUAUUACAAUUUCAUAUUAUUUCAUUUACAGAUACCAGGCUUGUGGGCUGUUUUAAUAUAUUUAAUUAUAAGUUUCAGGAACAUAUUUUAUCUACUGUAUCUGGUUAGUUAGCUAAUAGAUAUGUGCCUCUGUGAUUUUUUUUUUUUGUGUUCCUUUUUAUUUAAAAAAGGAGUACAAACAGCUCCUUCAAAUGGACAUUUAUACUUGGAAAUUGUGCCUUUUCUAGUUGCUACUCUAGAAAAAAAACCCAGCAGAGAUUCUAUUUUUGUACUGAAACUCUUAAGAGAACACGGAUUUUUAAAUAAGGCUUAUGUCAAACAACUGUAGUUGCACUCUUGGCAGGAAUCUCCAGAAGUUUGGAGGUGAGCUUUGUUUUUGCAUUUCACCACAAAUAUCCCCUGCCUUAAUGUUUCAGUGCCUCUACUAGAGGAAAAGGAGUGUGCUCUGUCACUCCGAGCUUUAACUGUAGUAAAAAAAAAAAAAAACCAACAACAACAAAAACAAACCAACAAACAAACUGAGCAAGUGAACAUGUGAAUGUGUGUGUGGGGGUUUGUGUGGGUGUGUAUGAAGGACAGAAUAGCUCCUCCCUGUUCCUGGCUGAUAUUCCUGUUUUUAUACAAUUUAUAAUGAUUUAUUUAAAGGUGCAAUAUGUGAUUUACUGAAUAAUGAUCACUCUAUUCUAAUAGAGUUUUACUCAGGUUGGUGUCUUUUUAUCAUUGUUGUUGUUUUUCCUCAAAUAUGUAAAUCUGUGAAAAUGUUGAACUAAGGUUCCAAGUGUCCAAGCACUCCCAAACAGAUUGACUGGCUUUACUGUUUCUACCAAAACAAAUUGCACAAAAUUCUGCUGUAAAGACCAAUUUCUCAGUUGUUUUAGCCAUUCAUAACUGAGACACACCUUACCUGCCUGCAUCUCAUUGAUCUAAUGUAAUUGUCUUAUAAUUAUUUGCAAUAUACUGCUGCUGUUGUUUUAACUGGUCCUUUUAGAAACAGAAUGAACAAGCAGAAAACCCCUAGUUGCUGAUCUUACAAGUCAGGGAUUAGAUUGGAUUUAUUUUGCUGGUACAUAACUGUUAGACUUAUGAAGGCAUUUCCAAUGAAGGACUUAAGUAGCUGGGGGGAUGUUUUUUGGUCUUUGGAUCAUUGCACUGGUUGCAUUGCAGAGGAAUAUGAAGUUUACGAAUAAUGCUAUAGAAUAGCUAUAAAGUGGUGAAAAUCUUAUGAAGGUUUAAUAACCAGAGUCCCUGGAAUUAUGCUGCUUCUUUUUUGUUUUUUUUUUUUGGUUUUUUAGUUUGUUUUAGCAGAGUUGUCAGAAAAAGCUACGGAUACUAGGAGUAUAUGUGGCAUUACAGUGGAACCUGGCAACCUCGCAGAAUCCACUGUCAGCUAUAGGAAAAUGUAGGAAUUCCUGGUGCACACUGUAACUUUACAGAUAUCCAGAGGAAUUUUUUAUAACCUGGUGUGAAUUGUGGUGUACUGUGUGAGCAAAACUGGAGGACAAACCACAGUGCGCUUCAGCUUUUUUCCUUUUUUUUUUUUUGGUAGCAGCCACUUGUGUGUUCUUGAAUAUAUUUUUUUCUCUUGUUCUGAAAUACUUUAAAAGAAAAAUUAAAAAAAAAACAAAACAACAAAACCAAACAUAUUUAAUGAUCCUGCCCGGCUCCAUCUAAACUGGCAGUCCACGUAGUGGAUCCCUUACCUGGCAUUAUUCCUAAGCUGCUGACAGAUGACAAAUAAAGAUAAACCACUUGGACCAAACAGAACCAUUCCAAAGGAACUGGGAGGGAGGAAAGCCUGCCCCUUACAGUCACGUUAUUUUUUUCUCUCUUAGUCUUUUAAUUACUGCACAUCUGUGCAGAGCACAGAGCCAGUAUUCAUUACACUAGGUUUCCCAAGAACUUGCUGCCUUAGGGUGGUGAAUGCUGUCUUGCUUCAGAAGGCCCUUGUUUUGUAUAGCACGGAAGAGAGGGAGAUUAAUGUACUAGGCUAGAUCAUGUGUUUGCAUUAUAUUGCAGCAGAACAUCAGAAAACUAGCUAGAAUGGGAUGUGUUUCUGCCUAACCACUGCCCCGAUACUCGUAUAGAAAACAAACAUAUCUGUUCCAUUGCUUUGAUGUUGGAAGCAGGUGCCAAAUUCUCACUUGCGGCAUCAUCUAAUGAGCAUCCAUUCUUAAUACAACUGUAUGCAUGUGUUUUCCCAAAACUGACUCCUUGUGAGAAGGGACUGAAGUUUGAAGUAAAUGACCUGCUGUGAUCCCAGGUAUAGAUGGAAAAAGUUGGUAAGGUUUAAAAUGUUGUAAACAUGAAGUUGGCCAUAGUGUCAAUGUGAAUAAGUAAGACAUGGCUCAUAGGAUAGCUCUGCAGGAGGAAGAGGAGGAUUACAGGUAACACUCUACUACCUUGUGGAUCUGUCUUGGUCAGGAUGACUUGAAUUCCUGCAAAUAACUCUUCCCUGCCUUCUGAUGUUCUCUGCUACAAUUGCUGAGAUCUGUCUCUCUGGUCAGUGUUUUCUCUUAUUGUUGCUUACCUAAAGCUAUCUGCUUCUCGGGCUGAAAGCUCCACUCUGUGGCAAUUACAUCUCCUGCAUUUCUGUUCUACUCUUUUUCCCAUUUGGGGCCUGCUUAAGAAGGGAAAAGUUGAUGUGUUUCAAAUAAGUGACUGUUGAAUAUCUUGAAAUGAUGUACAAAUUUUAUUGUUUUCAUAUUUGUUGUACAGGAAGUUUCAGCACAUGUCUAUAAUGUUUUUAAUGGUUUGAUUUGUUUUUAAAGAUAUAAAAAUAACAAUUAAAAAGCAUCA